CUGAUGCGGCGGUACGAGGGGGCGGCGCGGGGCCGCGGCGUGGCGGCGGACGGCUGGCGCGUCUGCCUGGCGCACCGCUUCGAGGAGCCGCGGCAGCCCUACGGCGCCGGGGACGUGUCGCUCCGAGACGUCCUGCGGCACGUCGGCCUCGGCUUACGAUACUUCAGGUGGUGGGUCAAGAAGACCCGCAUAGAGAAGAAAUCUGCCUUCAUUGACCUCUUGUGUGCUGUCCCUCUGCAGCAGAUCUACGGGUGUCCGCUGGGCGGGAUCGGGGGAGGCACCAUCACCCGUGGCUGGCGGGGCGAGUUCUGCCGCUGGCAGCUGAAUCCUGGCAUUUAUAACUAUGAAACAGUCAUCGCCAACCAGUUCACCGUGUGCCUGCGUUGCAAGGGGCAGACGAUUUACCAGCAGGUCUUGUCUGUGGAGAGACCCAGCACUCUGCAGAGCUGGAACUGGGGCUACUGUGGCCACUAUGCCUUCUACCAUGCCCUGUACCCCCGGGCCUGGAUGGUCUAUGAGCUCCCGGGGCAGAAGGUUGUGCUCACUUGCCGACAGGUCUCUCCCGUCAUCCCCCACGACUAUAAGGACUCCAGCCUGCCAGUGGGAGUGUUCAUUUGGGAGGUGGAGAACGGGAGGGACGAGGACGUGGAGGUGUCCAUCAUGUUCAGCCUGCAGAACGGCAUGGGAACAAAGGAGGACAGGAGCGGAGGGCACUGGAACGAGCCCUUCGCCUUGGAGAAGGAUGGCGAGCGAGUUGCUGGAGUCCUGCUGCACCACUGCACGAGUGUGAACCCCUUCACUCUCGCCAUCUCUGCCCGAGAGAAGGCUGGCACGGGAGUCACCCACCUGAUGGCAUUCAAUCCCACGGGAUUGGGUAGAGAGGUGUGGCAGGACCUCCUGCAGGAUGGCAGGCUGGAUUCACCCACCGGUCAAAGCAGCCUGACGGAGAAGGGGGAGGUGACAGCAGCGGCGGUGUGUGCCAGCUGCAGAGUGCCUGCCCGGGGACACAGGACACUGGAAUUGGCCCUGGCUUGGGAUAGGCCGUGUGUUCACUUUGGCUCCAAGGAGAAGCUGCAUUUCAGGCGGUACACCCGGUUUUUUGGUAGUGGAGGUGAUGCUGCUCCUGCCCUGUCACAUCACGCCCUGACACACUAUGAGGAGUGGGAGAGGAAGAUUGAAGCGUGGCAGAAUCCCAUCCUGGAGAACAGCCAGCUGCCUUCCUGGUACAAGUCAGCCCUCUUCAAUGAGCUGUACUUCCUGACGGAUGGGGGGACCAUCUGGAUGGAGGUGCCCCCAGAUUGCUGUGCUGAGGACCUGCAGGGGCCUGCAGGGACUGGCCUGUCCCACCUCUUCCCUUUCCUGCGGGAAUACGGAAGGUUUGCUUAUUUGGAAGGCCAGGAGUACCGGAUGUACAACACCUACGACGUUCACUUCUACGCCUCCUUUGCUCUCAUCAUGCUGUGGCCCAAGCUGCAGAUCAGCCUGCAGUAUGACAUUGCCUCUGCUUCCCUUGGCUUUGGUGUCACCAGAGUGGCAAGCAGGCUCUGGAAAUUGAAUCCUGCUCUCUGGAGAGCCAGCCUGAGGGUCUGCUUGAGCACUGAGCCCAAGGCUGCCCCCUCCCCAUCUCUGUCCUCUCAGGUUUUCCCCAAGAGUCACGUUGUCAGCGCGCUCAGGACCAUCUUUGAGAAGAACGUGCUGGGCUUUGCAGGGGGCACCAUGGGGGCGGUGAAUGGCAUGAGACCCGACGGGGUGCCCGACACCUCCAGCGUCCAGUCCAACGAGGUGUGGAUCGGCGUGGUGUACGCCCUGGCUGCCACCAUGAUCCAGGAGGGGCUGGUGGAGGAAGGCUUCCGUACGGCGGAGGGCUGCUACCGGACGGUGUGGGAACAGCUGGGCAUGGCUUUCCAGACGCCGGAGGCCUACCGGGAGAAGAAGGUGUACCGCUCGCUGGCCUACAUGCGGCCCCUCAGCAUCUGGAGCAUGCAGCUGGCCCUGGAGCGCCGGGCUGGCUGGGCACCUGCACCCGCACCGCCCUGCCAGGUCCCCAUCCACCCGUGAGCCUGGUGGCACUGGGCGGGGCACUGGGUGCAGCAGGGGCUGGGGAUGGUCCUCAGAUGGCAGGCAGGGACCCUUCCCUCCCCCUCUGUGCUAGUACUCCCGUUGCUCUUUUCCUUCCCUACCUCCACUACAUGCCCUUGACCUCAGGGGCUUCCAGUCACUGAUGCUGAGCACCAAGAGGGGGGGGACCAGAGGUGUGGGGGAUGUGUGAGAUAAGGAGUUGCUGCUGGAGCCUGUGCCUCGCCUUCCCCAUUGCUCAGGGCUCUGAUAAGCCUGCAAGCUCCCCAGCCGUUCCAAACUGGGGCUGGUCCCUUGCCCAGUGGCACAGGAGUUCUCUUGUGCAGUCAGAGGGCUGGGUAAGGUGGGGAUCUGGCCUGUAGGAAAAAAAGUGUGGGUGCGUGUGUGGGUGAGGAUGUUGGACUGGUGCACGCAGGCACAACCAGGUGGUUGUGGUUGGGUGACACUGCACAGACUGAGUGGCUCUGCCCCAGGAGGGCCUGUGGCAGAUCCAAUCCCCAGGGAAGACCCGGCUCCCUGGACAGUGACAAUCUGAGCCCAAGCAGCAGGUCCUGGUCUGGUACCAUGGCCCCCCUCCCUGCUGGCGCCGGGGGCAGGCAGUGGAGCACAUUGAAGGGGAUAAAUCACUUGAAGUUCUUAAUAAAUUUGUCUGGCUGUCUCUGUUCUUCUUUACUGUCGUCUUUGCCAGAGGACCAGGCCAGAAGAGGGAGCCCUUGCUGCUUCCGUUUUUCUUCUGGGGCUGGGUUGGAGGGCUAGGGAUGCAGGGAUGGGACCAGCCCAAAUCGCUGCUGGCUCUUGUGGAUUUUUGCCAAAGGAAGCAAGAUGUGCCUCUCUGCCUGCCCACUCCGAUGUGGCAGCAGGUGCAUCCUGCUCCUUCCUUGGCUCCUGGCCUUACCCUGCCUUGCAGGAAGCAGAGGAGAGAGCAUUCUUCCUGAAGAGGCCUCUGUAGGGAGCAGUGGAGCCCCAGGGCUGGGGCCCUUGACUGAAUUGUGUCCCCUUCUGGCCCGGGCUGGGCACCGUGCUUCCUUUUCCUUCUGUCUCUGCCAGUGCAGCGUUUGAAGGCUGCCACAGCCUGGUUGGCCUUUCCUCAUGUCCCCAGACACACAGAUCUCCUUGGACAGAUAGAUGGGCAUGACUCCUGCUAUAUCCCUUGGACAGAGAGAGGGGCACCCCUGCCACCUUUCUGUAUGGGGAUACUCUGGCCAGACUGGGUGUAAACCAACUUGAACAAUGCCCUAUUUGCAAAGCUACCAGUGAUGAAUGGAGUAGGGGGUGUCACGCUGCUUUUGGUGUUGAACAAGGCUGAAAUGAGCGUGACUCAUCAAUUCUAAAGCUAAACACCCCAACAGUGAGAUAAAGAUGUGGUCGGAUUGGUAAAGCAUCAAAUAAAGGAACCCACAAGUGAUACU